AUGACGCGGGGUAAUCAGCGUGAUCUUGCUCGGGAAAAAAAUUUAAAAAAUCAAAAAGGAAAAGGUCAGUCAGCGGCUGAAACGGAAGCAAAUAAAGGAUUAUCGUUACAAGAACGUCAACUACGCGAUGCAGCAAAAAUGCGCGAAAAACAACAAUUAGCUGCACAAAAGAAAUCAGGUGGAAAUAAUAAUACGCCAGGAAAUGGAGGUGGAGCGGCUGCAUCAACUAACUAA